CCGACUCCCGGCUUUGAUGGUGGUCAAUUGAUUGAUGAAUUCGAUCUGCAGCAUCAUUGUCUAAACCUUCUGGGAACCGGCGCUAGCGCUCGUCGCUAACUAUUCCGCGAUAAACGGUUUCACUACCGGAGAUCUUUGCUGGCGGGAGUACGACAAGUUCCGGAGACUAGUUUUUUAAAAACCCUCUAAACUUGAACAUGGAUAAUUAUUUGUGUUAAUAAAACUUGUAUUAAAAUCGUCUUGAUUUUGAGGCUGGCUGUUUAAUUUAAAUCGGCUGACCCAAGACCCCACCACUUUACAUCAGACGACCCCCAGACCCCCACUAAAAUGAGAAAAACAUUCGCCAGCAAGUGUACCCACCCCAUCUGUUUCUAGACCACUUCCGGUGGGCGUGGACCCAGAAAAUUAUCCCGGCACAGGGACACUCAAGGUUUACCAGCAGCGGCCAUUUUGUGACGUCAUCACACCAAGAUGCCGUUUGGAGCUUUCAGUAACCUCAAAGACAGGGUGCUACAGCCCUCUAAAGAUGCCGCCAUCUUGGCUAAAGAUUCCAUUCACAGACUCGUGUCCAAGCAGACGGACGAGAAGAGUCUGGUCAAGUACGACGAGCUAGACGACGCCUACACCGAGGCUGACGAACUUCCUGGCAAGUCGGAGAAAUCUUUCAUCCCCAGCAAGUCUUACAUCCCCCGGAGCUGUCCUUGUCUCAGAUGUAAUGUCGCCAAGAGAUACCAGAUCGCCAUCCUCAGCUCUAUCGGAUUUUUGUUGUCGUUUGGUAUUCGCUGCAACAUGGGAGUAGCCGUUCUUGACAUGACUAAAAAUAGCACUAGAGACCUGGAUGGGGAUGGGAUUAUUAGCCUCAAUGACUCCAUACAGGAACCAGAAUUCAAUUGGACACCGGAAACUGUGGGGGUCGUCGACAGUUCCUUCUUCUGGGGCUACAUCGUGACCCAGAUUCCAGGAGGCUACCUGGCCUCACGUAUUUCCGCUACCAGAUUGUUCGGUAUGGCCAUAGGAAUAUCGGCCUGCAUGAACCUGUUGCUACCUGGUGCAGCAGAGGUGCAUUAUGGGCUGGUCAUUUCGGUCCGGAUAUUGCAGGGGUUGGUUGAGGGUGUAACGUAUCCGGCUUGUCACGGUAUUUGGAGACACUGGGCACCCCCGCUAGAGCGAUCUAUGCUGGCCACUAUAUCAUUCUGUGGGUCUUAUGCCGGGGCCGUUCUUGGGAUGCCUCUCAGUGGGAUCCUGACACGCUAUCUAGGCUGGCAGUCUGGGUUCUAUGUCUUUGGUGUGCUAGGGGCGCUCUGGUCCAUAGCCUGGUGGUUCCUGUCCUACGAGCGCCCGUCCACCCACCCCACCAUAUCGGAGGAGGAGCGAGUCUACAUAGAGACCAGCAUCGGCGAGACCACCAUGAACACCAACAAGGCUAUAUCCACCCCAUGGGUGGCCUUCUUCACCUCCAUGCCAGUGUGGGCCAUCAUGGUGGCCAACUUCUGCAGAUCCUGGACCUUCUAUUUGUUAAUCAUAUCCCAACCGGCAUAUUUUGAACAGGUGUUUGGCUUUAAAAUUGACGAGAGCGGCACCCUGUCGGCCCUACCCCACCUCGUGAUGGCCAUCAUUGUCCCCAUCGGUGGGCAGAUCGCUGACUUCCUGAGGAGACGAAUCUUAACCACAACAGUGGUCAGGAAGAUUUUCAACUGUGGAGGUUUUGGGAUGGAGGCCAUCUUCCUGCUGGGGGUAAGCUUCACCCGGGACACAGCCCCUGCGGUCGCCUGUCUGACGUUGGCUGUCGGGUUUAGCGGCUUCGCCAUAUCAGGUUUCAAUGUGAACCAUCUGGACAUUGCCCCGCGGUACGCCAGUAUUCUGAUGGGACUGUCGAACUCUGUGGGGACGCUGGCUGGGAUGUUGUGUCCUAUCGUAGUGCAGGCCAUCACCAGCGAUGGUAGGAAUGAUGUUGAGAAGGCCAAGAGUGAGUGGCAGUAUGUCUUCCUGAUAGCCAGUCUCAUCCACUUUGCCGGCGUCAUCUUCUACGGCAUCUUCGCUUCAGGCGAGAAACAGCCGUGGGCGGAACCCCCAGGGGAUGAGACAUGGAGGCCGGAGCACACACUCAAACCCAACGACGAGAACUGGAAGUUCAGUAACCAUAGCAACAGCCACUACAACGGCGGCUGCGCCAACUACGGCGCCACGACGGAGAAGGGCUACGACGACUUCAUCCCCACCCAGUACAGCCCCGUGUACGAGACGAAGGAGACCUUCGUGCAGAAACCCGCCAAGGAGAAGUACUAUAGUGACGACAGCGAUAAAGGUUUUUAGCACCGGAGCGCGCCCUUAACAGACGUGAUGAGAUGAAUUUUAUCCUUGUGAUUUUAAGGUGAUGGGGAACAAUUGGAUUAUCUCUUUUUAUUUUUAAAGAGUUUUAAAAUUAUUUUUUAAUAUAUUUUUUAGUAGAUGAUUCUGAAAAUUAAUACGUUUAAAAUAUUAUCUUUAUAAUUUGUUUUAAGGGAAGUAAUUAAUAAAUUAAACAAAUUUAGAGUUGUCUUGUGGUAUUGCAAAAUAAAACAACAACAACAACCGCAUAAGUUAUCAGUAAAAAAGUUAAAAUAUUUAUAAUUACAAAGCUAAUUUACAAUAACAAGACUGAUUUAUAACAGAGCAACAUUAGUUAUAAGCUUUAUGUCGUAUUUACUUACCAAAUUUUUAAAGCCAAAAUACUUAAAACCAAUUAAAAUUAUUAUUUUUUUCAUCUUUCACAAGCAAUAAAGUCUCCCCCCGUGAUAAGUUUCAGUUUAGUUAAUUACUAAUUAAAUUAGGACGAUUUUAUGUAAAUUUUAACUGUACAUAUACAGGGGUCAUAAGGUCAGUUACUUUUUAUAGUUGUGUGUGUGUGGGUUGGGGGGUAUGUGUGUGAAUACAAGGUCUAGUAAAGUAUGGAGUUCAGACGACUUCAUUGUGGUUUAUUUAUUUUCAUUCAGUCUUGUUAGGCCCCCGAAGAGCAAAGGGCUGCAACCACACCUCUCCUCCAUACUUUGUUGUGGGCUGCUAUCUUUAUCUGAGCCCAUGUAAGCCCCCGAUUAUAGUUCUUAGUUUUAAUUAAUUUGGUUGCACUAAAAAACACCCUAGUAGGAUUUCAAAUAACCAACAAAAUUUUUAAAAAAAAUUUAUUUAAUAACAUUCCUGAAAUAUUAUAUUAAAACAUGUUUUGUUUAAUUUUGUUGUGGAAGAUGAGCGGUCAUGAUUCGGUGCAUCUUGAUAUGCAUGUGUUAAUUGCAUAAUUUUAUUUUGUUUUGCUACUUUCAGUAGUGUAAAAAUGCUUACCGAUGAAUUGAAUAUUGAAAACAUAUAUAUCUGAACAUAUAUAUCUGAAGUGAAGUUUGAGUAACAAAACCUAUUACACCACAGGAGAAUGUACAUUUCUUUAAACAGUUUUUUAUGUGUUUUUAAUUGGUUGUGAUUCACAUGUCUUUUUAACAACGUAUUUGAAAUAUUAUUUGUAACAUGUGUGGUAUGUAUGUGUGUAUGUAUGUGAGUGUAUACGCUAACUCAAAGCUGAUUAAAUUGACAAUUUUGUUGACGAAUUUACAGAAAUGUAUUUAUGUACUUAAUUAUUAAAAAUCGUUCUAGAAUUGUUGUACAUAUAAUUUGUAGAAAAAGUUUUUUUUUUUAUUUCUAAUGUUUGUGUUAAUUAAAUUUUCCAAAGAUAUUCAUAUCGUGGUGAUAGCAUAUGUGUACAAUUUAUACGUCAUCAUUUUGACCAUGCCCAUAGCUUGUACAUGUACAUAUCAAGUAGAAUUAAUUUACAUACAGUGUUAUUUGUUUUUAGUUACUAAUUAAAAAAUUCUCAACCAAU